UCAGCGACUUAUAGUGGGACUGCGGUGGACAUUCUGACACUGGGGGGAACUGACUUGGUGUCACUGACAUUCCCAGUGACACCAAUACAGUGAUCAGUGCUAAUAAAAAGCACUGACACUGUACUAAUGGCACUGGGCAGGAAGGGGUUAACAUGAGGGGCAAUCAAAGGGUUAACUGUGUGCUGUGUUUUACUAGGGGCUGUGUCCGUGUGCUUCACUGUAAGCAUGCUGCUUUGUAUUGCUCUGCUAUGCUAUGCAGAGCAAUACAAAGCAGCAUUCUGGAGCUGACAGGGGAGAGAUCUGUAUUGUUUACAUACAGACCUCUCCCCCAUCAGUUAUAGUCAGCAAUCGCUGGGUGCCAGUGGGGAAUC